CCAUGCGACAAAGUCAAAAUGGCCGACGACGAGAGUGAAAAUCUGGAUUUAGCUCCUAGUGUGGAAAUCCAGGAUUUAGCUACUAAUAUCUUCGUGAAAUCCCUUCCAAAACUGGAACUUCAUGCACAUCUCAAUGGUUCCAUUAGCCCUAGCACAAUACGGAAAUUGAUUGAAUACAAGAAGCAAAGAACUGCCAAUGGUUUUGAUGUACCCAAAGACUGGGAAUGUUGCAUGACUGGGGAAAAGAGAAUGACAUUAGAACAAGGUUUCAUGAUAUUCAAGAUUGUGCAUACGUUAGUUGAUGACCAUCAAUCUUUAGCUAUGGUAACUAGAGAUGUAAUUACAGAGUUCUUUGAGGAUGGAGUUCAUUAUUUGGAAUUGAGAAGUACACCAAGAGCAAAUGAGCUGAAUAAAAUCACAAAAAGAUCAUAUGUUGAAACGAUUCUCCAAACAAUCAUUGAAACAACUAGAAAUAUGGACAUUAUUGUGAGGUUUUUGCUGUCCAUUGAUCGUCGUCAAAGUGUUGGUGAAGCAGAGGAUACUGUGAAACUUGCUACUGAAUUUAAGGACAAAUACAAUGGACUGGUGGUUGGUGUUGAUCUAAGUGGUGACCCUAAGAUUGGCGAUGCAGCUGAAUUUCUUCCGUGUUUAAAACAAGCAAGGUUGGCUGGGUUAAAACUAACUUUUCAUGUGGCUGAGGUUCCAAAUAUUGCAGAAACUAAAACGUUGCUAAUGUUCAGACCAGAUCGUAUUGGCCAUGGUACAUGUAUCUACCCUGAUAAAGGUGGAGAUGAAGAAUUGGUUGCUAGUGUGCUACAAGCUAAGAUUCCUUUAGAACUGUGUCUUACAUCAAAUGUUAAAUGUCGCACUGUAAAGUCCUAUGAAGAUCAUCAUUUUAAGGAUUGGAGGAAGAAUGGUCACCCUAUUGUGAUAUGUACCGACGAUAAAGGAGUAUUCACCUCAUCACUUUCAGAAGAAUAUCUCUUGGCAGCAAAAACAUUCAACUUGAGCAAAGCGCAUCUUUGGAAGUUAAGUUAUGACAGCAUUGACUAUAUUUUUGAACAAAAUACAAUAAAAGAACAACUUUGGACAAAAUGGCAGAGGUGGAAGAAAGAAAAUCUCUAAAAUUGAAGUCCUACAUGGACUGCGGAGAUAGGGGGUUGUUAAUCAAGAGAUAAAUUUAUAAGCAGUAAACAAACUUUAUAUAAAGGAUUUAAGUGCUGAUAGUCUAGUGGUGAACAUAAUGGCUCACAACGUGAGAGAUUAAUGGAGGCAUGCUUUUAUAGAAUGAUAUAAUAGAGAAUUUCCAUUUGUGUGCAAUCAACAAUGACCGAUUUUAAAACAGAAAUUACAAACUUGUUCUCGUGGUUAUUUACAUGCAGUCAUAACCUGAUUAAUAACUCCUAAAGAAAAAAACUAUACCAAAUUUUGAUUUCAUUUAUUCAAUUUUUAUUUCAUUUAUUUUUAGUAUUAAGAGGGCCCAGAAUCUUAACUAAGAUACUUUCACUUUAUUACCUGGGGAUGUUUUUAGGGAAAUAAAAUAAGGGCAGUCACAAUUUGAUUUGAAGUGCCACUAUAUAUUGUUAGGAUAACUGGUGAAAUUUGCUUCUAUGGUCACCCUUCCAUGUGGAACUAGUAAUAAUUCCUGUGGUGCUCUGACAAUAAAUAGAACAACCAUAGUUAUAUAAAGGGAUGAAAUUAUUAUAGAAUACCUGGCCAACAACUAAACAAUAAUUCAGAUAUGAUUCGAAAUGGAAUUUUGUUCUCGUGUUUUCUUGUUAUAUUCCAGAUUUUCCUUAGAGUGCAAUAUGAGCCGUCUAUAUGAGCUUUACUAUCAGACGUACAUUGAUUGGAACUUAGAAACCUGUUUGAAAGUCAACAAGAUUUCUGCACUGAGGUAACUCAAUUGCUCUUAUACACAUUUCGUAUUAGCUUUGUAACUGAAAUUCUUGUAG